UCUUCUUAGUCCUUUUGUGUCUGUUUUUUGUGUCUCAAUUUAGAGCCACAGGAUCUGUAUGAUUCACACAAACUAAAGUUUGAAAUAAAUUCCACUCUUCUGCUUCCAUGAAUUGCCUUGUGUUUAUCCACAGUUAUAUUCUGCAAAAGCAGCUUGAUGUGAUGGUGACUGGAGAUUCUUCUGCUUUUUGGUGGUGUUUUAGGAUUCAUAUAUUAUAUUAUUGGGGUUGUACAUACUACUACAACUACUACUACAUGAAUAAAAAAACUGUUGACAAAUGAAUAGUUAAUGAGGUAAUUAGCUCUAUUGGGUUCAUUGAGGGGAGUAUAUAUGUUUCUGCCAAACACAGAUCUGCCUGUUUCAUUUUCAUCUCAUUACUCAAAAGGCACCUCUUUGUCCAGUUAUCUCUUACCUUGAGGUGUAGACAGUUGAGGUUUGCGUUUCAGGUUUUGGCAAACACUUUUUACAAUGGAGAGGGUACUGACAAAAUCUACCCACCUUAAUCAUUUCAAGUGUGUGCUGCCCUAAACCAGCCUCCUAUAUCUUUUAUUAUUCUGUUCUUUCCCAGUAGUUCCUUUUAAGACACAUUCCACUGUAAACUAUGGCUAUGCUGUAGAUCACUGGCUGUUCUACAAAGGGAAUUACCCCCUCGUUCAAUGUGGUCACAUCAGCUCAUUAGUCCUGGCUGAGUUCUUCAGACUUGGCCAUCGUGCUUAAGGCUUCUCCCAUUCAGCAUUCACCUUUGGUAUUGAAAGCCACAUUAGCCAGUCUAACAUCAAUGGGACUUUAGUGCCACCUGCUGCCCUUAUUUCCAUUCUUCAGAAAGGCUUACAGUAUGUGGAAGCUGAAAUCAGCAUCAACGAGGACGGCACAGUGUUCGAUGGCAGGCCGAUCGAAUCACUUUCUCUAAUAGACGCGGUGAUGCCCGAUGCUGUACAGACUCGACAGCAGGUGUUCAGAGAGAAGCUAGCCCAGCAGCAGGCUGCAGUGGCAGCCGCGGCAGUGGCUUCAGCGGCUGCCCAGCAAAACACACCAAAGAACGGAGAGGCUACUGUAAACGGAGAGGAGAAUGGGGCACAUGCAAUAAAACAUCCCUGUCCGACUUGGGAAAUGGGAGGAAUCCUUCUUCAAACUGCACAUGAUAAUCAUUCAGAGACCAUGGAGAUUGAUGGGGACGUGGACAUUCCAGCAAGCAAGGCUACAGUCCUCAGAGGCCACGAAUCGGAAGUGUUUAUCUGUGCCUGGAACCCAGUCAGCGAUCUUUUGGCAUCAGGAUCUGGUGACUCCACUGCAAGGAUAUGGAACUUGAAUGAAAAUGGAAACAGUGGCUCCACUCAGUUAGUUCUGAGGCAUUGUAUACGAGAAGGAGGACAGGAUGUCCCCAGCAAUAAAGAUGUCACAUCCUUGGACUGGAAUAGUGAUGGAACACUUUUGGCGACAGGGUCAUAUGAUGGCUUUGCGAGAAUAUGGACUAAAGACGGUAAUCUUGCAAGCACCUUGGGGCAACAUAAAGGUCCUAUUUUUGCUUUAAAGUGGAACAAAAAGGGAAAUUGCAUUCUCAGCGCAGGUGUGGAUAAGACAACAAUCAUCUGGGAUGCACACACAGGCGAGGCAAAGCAGCAGUUUCCAUUCCACUCAGCUCCUGCCCUGGAUGUGGACUGGCAAAACAACACUACCUUUGCCUCCUGCAGUACUGACAUGUGUAUUCACGUGUGCCGGCUUGGCUGUGACCGCCCAGUCAAAACAUUUCUAGGACACACAAAUGAAGUUAAUGCAAUCAAAUGGGAUCCAUCUGGUAUGCUGCUAGCAUCCUGCUCGGAUGACAUGACACUGAAGGUCUGGAGCAUGAAACAAGAUAAUUGUGUACAUGACCUCCAGGCCCACAAUAAAGAGAUUUAUACAAUUAAAUGGAGUCCAACUGGCCCUGGCACCAGCAACCCUAACUCCAACAUCAUGCUAGCCAGUGCCUCUUUUGACUCUACUGUUCGUCUGUGGGAUGUAGAAAGAGGAGUCUGUAUUCACACUUUAACCAAGCACCAAGAACCUGUAUACAGUGUUGCCUUUAGUCCUGAUGGCAAAUACCUGGCCAGCGGCUCCUUCGACAAGUGUGUUCAUAUAUGGAACACCACGAGUGGAUCUUUAGUGCAUAGCUACAGAGGGACUGGUGGAAUCUUUGAAGUUUGCUGGAAUAGCAUGGGUGACAAGGUUGGAGCCAGUGCGUCUGAUGGAUCAGUCUGUGUUCUUGACCUUCGAAAAUAGUGUUCUGGCAGUGUGUUUUUUUUAAAAUGGACCGUCGUGAAUGUGUGGAGAGAACCACACUGUUGUAUUGUGACAGCUUCAGAACUGUUGGAAAAACAUUGCUGUGAAUCAUAUUAAAGUACCAAGCAACUCCCCUGGCCAUUGGAUUGAGCUUGUCGUGAAACUCAAAAUCAAAGGAUGUGGGGGGGAUACUGAUCAUACCUGAGAAGACUGGGGACUGUGCUGAGGACUGAAGGUUGUGCCAAAAAGUAACCAUUGAUAAACCAAAAGGAAAAAAAAAACAAGUGUUUCCCACCUAUCAAGGAUCCAUUUUUUUCAGGUUUGGGCUACAGUCAAUUUCCCAAAGGAAUUGAAUCAAAUGAGACCAUCUAUGCUAUCAGAACCCUCCUUUUUUUUUGUCUUAAACAGUUUUUUUUUGUUUUUUUUUAUGGAAGCUGGGGUAACAUGUAGAAUCCUGAAAUGCUUUUCACUCAUGGGAUUUGA